AUGCCGGAUGGUGGGGAUGAUGGUCGGAAUGAGGAUGAGGAUGUUGAUGGGGAUGAGGAUAAUGGUGGGGAUGAUGUUCGGGAUGAGGAUGAGGAUGUUGAUGGGGAUGAAGAUGAGGAUGAUGAUGAGGAUGAGAAUGAUGGGGAUGAGGGUGAGGAUAAUUUGGCUGAGGAUGCGGAUAAUGGGGAUGAGGAUGGAGGUGAAAGUGGUAAGUUGUCUGGGGACUAG